AUGGCAUCAGGCCAUGGUGAGGCAGAAGCAGCAACAUUUGUUCAAGAGGCAGCAUCGACCCCACCAACUGUUGUGGCUCAUCCUUUGCCUCCGAGACUCGGCCUCAACGAUAAGCGACUUAUGGUUCAAUAUCUUCAACAACAAUGUAUACUCGGAGACCUUGAUUAUGGUGAAAUAACAAGGGCGGCUAAGAUUUUCUGUGUCUCAAGACAAACUGUAUCAAAGUACUGGAACAUGGCAGAAGUUGAUGUAGCAGACUGUCAGGUAAUUAAUCUCCAACCUCAAUAUGCAAAUUGUGGUAGGAAACCAGUUGCACUUGAUGUUGAAAAAAUGCUAACUGUACCUAUUAAAGAUAGGACAACACAAAGAUUGUUAGGGAAAGCAUUAGAUGUAGCAGGCUCGACCAUAAAUAGGCACAUUCCGAAAGGUAACAUAAAACCACACACAAGCCCACUAAGGCCUGGAAUUUCAGAUGGGAAUGUAAGGCAAAGGUUACUAUACUGCCUACACAUGAUAGUGUCAUCCACUAUAUACACAAACCCAACCUUUAAGUCUUUCUAUGAUUAUGUUCACAUACACGAGAAGUGGUUUUACUUGAAGAAAGCAAAUCUGAAAGUGUAUUUUGCACCUGGUGAAAAACACCCAUACAGAACUGCACAAUCAAAACAUCACAUUCCAAAAGGUAUGUUUCUAGCUGGAGUUGCAAGACCAAUAUUUAACACGAAUGGAGUCUGUACUUUUGAUGGAAAACUUGGAAUAUUUCCGUUUACAUAUACGGAACCAGCAAAAAGGAGUUCUAAAAACGGAGCAAGAGGCACACCAAUCACAUAUGCAAUUCAAGGAGUGAAUAAAGACGUGUUCAGGGAGAAAUUAAUGACAAAAACGUUGCCUGCUAUAAGAGAGAAAUGGCCUGCUGACUCAGCAAAAACUAUAAUCAUUCAGGCAGACAAUGCAAAGCCACAUAUUGGGGCUGGUGAUCCACAAUUUUUACAAGAGGCAAACAUAGAUGGAUUCACUUUUAUAUGGCAACCACAAUCACCCCAAAGUCCUGAUCUUAACAUCUUAGAUUUGGGAUUUUUAAGGUCUAUCCAAUAUUUGUAUGAAAAAAAGAUGCCCAAAGACCUCGAUGAAAUGAUUACCGACGUUGAAGAAGCUUUUAAUGAACUACACCCAAAAGUACUCAGCAACGUUUGGUAUUCAUAUCAAUAUGUAAUGCAAGAAAUCAUAAAGGUCAAAGGAGGAGGAAACUACGUGUUGCCCCAUGUAAAGUAA